AUGUUUAAAUGUGGAUUUUCCGCAGCAGGGCUCCAGCAGCAGAGAUCCCUCUUACCCGGUGCUGAGCGUCCCAAACAGGAACAUGCAUGGAAUAACAUGAAACGCGCCACUACCGUCCAAGCCACACGAGAGCCAAAGGCUGUUCUGUUUCGAACCAACGAGUUACAACCUUAUUAUAAUCAUACAUCCAGUAAUCAACCUCUGGCCAGGCCCAUGGACAGCCAAAGCAAGAGCGGUAUGAAGUUAAAAUUAAGCUCCGUUAUGACAGGCCAAGGCAAGGCCAGUGAUGCUGGUCGUGGUGGAACUGGAGCCAGGUGCGCGGACGCCAGGCCCGAGUGCUCGACCUCUGCUAUCAAUAAGCAAAGCUUUGGUGGAGGUAAGACAGGCAGGGGAUUUGGCAGAGGCAAGGCCUCUCCCAGUCGCGAAAACAAGUCACGGAAAGGCAAGAUGCAUACAGAUGGAAUUAGAAAGCGGAGACCGUCAAAGACAACGAAGAAGAAGAGGGAAUCACUGGUGCAACAACACCCGCUGGCAAAAUCUUUUACUGGUAGGUCAAGAUUAGUACUUCUGCUAUGAGAGCAGCAGAUCGAUAUUUAUGUUCGGAUCAUAUGCACCGGCCUAUUGCUGUAUUUUGGAACAUGCUUUUCCUUGUUUGACAAAGGUGCCGGCAAUUAUUUUUGCUUUUGGGCACUGAAAUAUGCCUGCGAUACUACAUCGGUCCAGUGAGAACUCACGAGACCAGGGCCAACAUGGUCCCCGUUUGUCCCCUUUUUUUUUCCUUCUAGCCCUCGCCUUGCCAAUUGGUUGAUUGCUCCUGGACCCCAGCUUGCCCCGCAUGCACACCAGGAAACUGUCACUCGAUUACGCUCACCCACACUGCUCCCUCAUAAUAAUAUAUCCUAUUAUGCGUCGUUGCUACUCUAUGCAGUUGCUAUUUCCCUCGUUCCCCCGGGCCUAAGACCGGAUCCCCGUUGAUUUUCUGGUGGUUGGAUCAUAUUUUGUGGUUCUAUCAUUAUUUGUCUAACACUUC